UAAACCAACAGCAGAGAAGCAAAGAAGACAUUUGUUCUCAUGUAGAACAAACGUCAGGAGUCAUUUUGAGCUUGGCAGAUAAACACCUCAUCCUCCAGCCAUUCAGUAGAGUAUAGGUUCUGCCUGCACCACAGAGGAUCCAGCAACAUGCUUCUAACUGUGAUAGCAGUGCUUAUGCUCCUCUCUUGCACCUGUGGAGAAAAUCCUGCCAUACAAGUCACCCUGACCAACAAAGGACUUCAGUAUGGAAAGCAUGAAGCCACAGACUGGGUUCAGAAGAACUUGGAGGAUGUCACUCUCCCUGAUAUCACGGGUGAAAUUGACAUCAGCGUUUUGGGCAGCAUAGACUACACUCUAACAGGCAUCAGAAUAAUCAAAUGUGACCUUCCUGAGCCAUCUGUUGAGUUCUAUCCGGAUGCCACAGGAUUCAAGACAUCCAUGUUAGGCCUCAGUGUUGCACUAAGCGGCGAGUGGAUGACACACUAUGGCAUAAUACAUGACGGGGGAUCAUUCGACAUGGCUGUGUUUAGUGUGAGUGUGAGCUCUGUGGUGGAGCUGGGGAAAUAUGCUGACGGGCAUCUGUCUGUCAACAGUGUCAGCUGUGAUGCUCAGGUUGGAGAUGUGGACAUGGAAUUCCAUGGUGGAGCCAGUUGGAUCGUCCAGCAGUUUGUGAACCAUUUCAAGGAUCGUAUCAGGGGUGAAAUAGAGAUCAAAAUUUGCCCUUACGUGAAGAAAAUGAUUGUUAACUUGGACUACCACCUACAGGCCAUGAACGUUUCCUUUGACGUGGAUCAAGCUCUUACUCUCGACCUCUCUCUCACUGACUUCCCUUUCAUUGAUGUUUCAAGACUGAAUCUGGGUUUCAAGGGAGAGUUCUACAGUAUCAAAACUCAUGUGGAUCCUCCAUUUGAGGCCCAGCCUUUCACCAUGCCUGAGCAGCAAGGCUACAUGUUGUCAAUGGGCCUGUCUGAAUUCACUCUGAACUCUGCCUCAUAUGGAUUCUACUCAGCUGGAGGGUUUCAGGUCCUCAUCAACAACAGCAUGAUACCUCCGGGUUCUCCUGUGCACCUAAAUACCAGCUUAAUGGGACCCUUCAUUCCUCAACUUCCCAAGAUGUUUCCUGGUCUGCUGAUGGAUCUGCAGGUUUAUGCCACAGAGGUUCCAAUGUUUUCCUUCCAGCCUGAUGCUGUUAAAGUGGACUUCCAGGUCGCUGUAAAAGCCUUCGCCAUCCAGCCAAAUGGUACCCAGACCCCACUGUUCAAACUCAAUGUUGACUCAAAAUUCAUCAGUAAAGUGUGGAUUUCUGGUGGAAGAGCGAAAGGUUCAGUUUCUAUGGACAAUUUUACACUGAUGUUGGCAGGAAGUGAAGUGGGACCCUUUCAGACUGAUGCUUUGGAAAUAAUGGCGAAGAUGGGAAUUAAUUUUGCCUUGGCAAAAGUGAAUCAGAAACUGGGCAAAGGUUUUGAUUUACCCAGAAUGAAACAUGCACAGCUGGUCAACUCAGUCCUGAAGAUGCAGGAGGGGUUUGUAGCCCUCUUUUCAGAUGCUGAGGUGUUGCUAACAGAUCGACGCUUCAACCGACAGAGAGAUGGGCCUGUGUAACUCUGGUUCACCAAACAUGAUGGUCUUCAGCUCACUUCAGAUUAUUAAACUUUAAACCAGUCAAUGGAUGGGAUUUUGCUAUGCUUGAUACCAAAUGACAAAAGCACUGAUUGUGUUAAAGAUAAAGUGACCUCUUCUGGAAAUGGUUAAGAAACCUUGCUACACAGUAGAUAAUCAAAAUGUCUAUAUUUAAUAUUAACACAUGCACAACCAUCAUGUCAAAUCAACACUGAUAAAGCCUACAGUUCAACACCAA